GGGUAAUAUAUUGUCGAUGGUCGAUAAUCUGGAAUACACUUUACCAUCUAUGAUGGCAAUGGUAAAGCUUUUCAUUAUGUGGCAGAAAAAGAAAGAUAUUCUACCGCUUCUAAAUAUGAUUAAGCAUGACUGGUUGAAGCCAAAAAGUGUGCAGGAAAGGAACAUUAUGAUAAAACGCGCGCGACUUGCGUGCAUGAUCACAAUGUUCGGAUAUUUUAUAAUGUUUAUCUCCGGUUUUUUUGUUAUUAUUUUACCUGUCUUCGGCAUUUCAGUGAGAUAUUUGACGAAUAUAACGGAUCCGGAUAGAUUAGUGCCAUUACAAACAUAUUAUUUUUAUGAUAGAGAUAAAAGCCCGUUUUACGAAAUAACUUACGCUCUGCAAAUUGUCGGUAUAUAUAUAAUUGCGACUUCGUAUACUGGUACUGAUUGUUUUUUAAGUCUGCUGGUGUUUCAUGUGUGUGGUCAGCUAGAGAAUCUUAAAACGCGGAUCAUGGAUCUCGAUAAAUUUCACAAUUUCGAAAGCAUUCUAUCUCACAGCGUGCAGGAACAUAUACGUCUCAUCAGAUCGAUCAAUAUCAUUGACAAUAUUUUUGCUUUGAUGCUACUUGGAGCGCUCAUUUAUUUUGGCAUAUUAUUUGCUUUUCAAGGUUUUUUAAUCGUUAGUAUGAUAACUCAGCGUGGCGAUAUCUCUGUAGUACGUUUAAUUUUUAUGCUGACAGUGUUUGUUAAUACGUUUGUCCAUACAUGCCUCUACUGCACUGUGGGAGAAAUUUUGGUCGCUCAAUGCGAGGGAGUUUACAAGGCCGUAUAUGAGUGUAAGUGGUACACGUUGGAGCCGAAAAAAGCGAGCAACCUAUUGAUUAUAAUGAUUUCCGCCAACAAACCGCUGUAUCUUUCCGCGGGAAAGCUAUUUCCUAUGACAAUGGCUACGUUUUGUAAUUUGUUAAAGACAUCGGGCGGUUAUAUAUCUGUCUUACUGGCAUAUCGAGAUUAAAAAUGAAAAACUCCAACAAUGUCUAAAAUAUUGCACGUGACAAAAGCAAUAUGCUUAAUCGG